CUCAAUGCUUGAUAUUUAUGUUUAGGUUUCACAAUAUUCGGGUUUGCGCCAGGCCCCUAGGUAAGUAAAGGUGUAAGGGUUCUCACGUUGGCCUGAUGGAUGACGAUGACGAUGAUGGAGAGGAAAUUGAAGAGCUUGCAGAGGACGAAAAGUCCCGCGAUGAACUGCUAAACGUUCGCAUUUCCAAGACUAUUGAUGGUCAACUCUGCAGUGGUACUGUUACGGAUGUCGUGGUGGGGCACAGGACUCAGGAGCGCCUCUACUUGAUCGAGUAUUUGGAUGGAGAUAUAGAGCACAUGACUGGACAUGAGGUUAGAGCUGGCUUGCUCUCGUGGGUGACCCAGGAUGCAGCUGAAAUUCUGCCUGAACGGCCUGAGCGGGAGAGGGAUCACCCCACAGAUGUUAUAAUGGAAAGGGAGGAGGAAGCGCAUGAGGAGGCUAUUGAGGCCCUUCCCGAUGAUGAGAAGGCCAAAGAUGUACUUUUGUAUGGGCGUAUCACCAAGAGGAUGGAUGGGAAAGCCUUCAGCGGCACAAUUGUGGAUGUUGCGAUGGGAAUGAACACCAGAGAGCGCCUUUACCUUAUCAGAUAUUUCGAUGGAGACAUGGAACACAUGACCGAAAGUGAGGCGAUGGAAGCUCUAGCAGCAUGGGCUGAUGCAGAUGCUCCUCACAAGCCUGCAGGGGAUGCAGAAACUGCAGACGAAACCAGAAGUUGACGGAGACCUGAAUGAGUAUAUUCGAAUGUAUAUUUGCCUCAUGAACAUGUACAAGGCAUCAGAGUGGCUGUGAUCGCUUCCCGGCUUGGCUAAGCAACGCCUAGAAUCUGGUCGAAAAGACAUUUGAUUCUUCUACCAGGUUGACCGUCUUAAUCAAUGACAUCUUGCACUUGUUGAACUCCGUUUCUAGAUGGCUUUGAGGCACUGAGAUUUUUCAGUGCAAUUGAAACGCCGGGCUCUCUGCAGAAAAGCCAGAAGAGCCACCAUGCCAUGGUGCGGUCUCAAAGGCAUCAUGAGCACGCAAUACGAGCGGACAAGUCCAUGUUGACCCGAGAAAGAGUCGGA